GCGGCCGAGAGGAGCGGCGGUCCCGGGACGCGCGGGGAAGGCCGUCGGCCUGCGCGGGCCGCUUCCGCCGCGGGGACAGCGCCCCCACGGUCACCCGCGCCCACGUGGGGCCCGCAGCGCCGACGUCCUCAUCUGGCCUUUCUUGUGGAGCGAGCGUGAGUCUCAGGGAUCGGACCUUGGAAGGGACGCUCCUGGUCCAGGUGCCCAGGUCUGGGAGACUGAGGGGGUCUGACGAUCAGCCAGGAGGGGGGAGGGUCCUGUGAAGCACGGGAGGGUGGGAGAGAAUUGGUCUGCAGGAGCUAAGGGGCCGGAGGUCCUGUGCCCAUUGCCAUGAGCUGCAAUUUAAGGUCCCACCAGCAAAGAGGGAACCUUACCCCGAGUGGAGGCCGAGGGGAGCCUAGCAGGUUGCGCAUCCUCGAAGGCACUUGAACGCAUCCCCUGGGGGCAGCUCCGCGGUGGCAAGUCUGAGGGGUGAGCAGGGAGCAAUGUCUCCAUUUGCGUUUGGUCCUUGUGUGAGUGUCCCACAGCUGCUGUCACAGCUUACCACAAACUGAAUGGCUUAAAACAACAGAAACUUACUCUCUCCCAAGUCUGGGGGCCAGAAGCCUGGAAUCAAGGUGUGGCAGGAGGGCUGUGCUCCCUCUGAAUUCUGCAGGGGAGGAUCCUCCCUGCCUCUCCCAGCUGCUGGCAGUGACCAGCAGUUGCUGUCAUUCCUCUGCUUGCAGCUGCGUCACUCCAUGUCUGCCUUUGCUACUACGUGACCUCUGUGUCUGUCUCUCUCUCUCGUAGAAGGGCACCAGUCAUGCCACCAGAAGCCGAGAGAGAUAGGAAAGAAUUUCCUCUUGCUCAGGAAGGAACGUGGCCCUGCCAACAUCCCAAUCUCCGACUUCUGGCCUCCGGAACUGAGAGAGGAUAAAUUCCUGUUGUUUGAGGCCACCGGGUCUGUGGUUCCCUGUUAAGGCAGCCACAGGAAACUCACAGGGUGGCUCACUUCGCGGUAGAGCUCGUAUGCUUUGUAAAUUUCAAUAAGUUGGUUGCUUGCAAGAGCUUCGGAAUCUCCGUGCAUCAUAUGGAGCCUUUAAGGCCCCUGGCCUCGGUCCUGGCUUCAUUCUACCUCCCUGUGCAUAUGGGUGUCGCCCCAGGUGGUGCAGGGGUCUCUAGCCAAGGAUGCUGGGACUUGGGGACGGGCCUGGGUCUGGUCUUCACAGCACCUCUCUCCUUGCUGCAGCCCUGCUGGCCCCGGACCCGCUUUCCCCAGAGGCGAGAAUGGCGGCUGGGUACCUGCCCCCCUGGUCCCAGGAAUCAGUCACCUUCGAGGAUGUGGCCGUGGACUUUUCCCCGGAGGAGUGGGAGUUCCUGGCCCCUGCUCAGAGGAAGCUGUACAGAGAGGUGAUGCUGGAGAACUACGGGAACCUGGCCUCCCUGGAAGCCCUGAAGAACCAAAGUACUGAUGCAGGAAUUGAGGACGACCCGUUUUCCCCAGCACAGACCCCUCAAGCCACCAGGCUUUCCCCACGGAUGGGGUAUUCACUCUUUCGGCCAGUGGAGCCUUUCCGUUUGCAGCAAAGAGAAGCCCUGUGGGUGGAGGAGAAAGGAAUUCCCCAAGCCUCCUGUUCAGAUUGGGAAACAAGACUGAAAAACCAAGAAUCAACUUAUAAGAAGGUGGUUUGUGGGGAAGAACCAUCCAGUGGUGUGAAUAUCAUAAGACUUGCAGUAGAAGACUGGGGAUGUGACCAAUUCAAGGAAAACCACGAUGACCCCCAGGGGCUUUUGAGGCAAAUGGCAUCCAUCCAAAUAAAGGCAGUUGCUCAGCAGAAAGCAACUGCAUGGUGUGGAUUUGGGGACAACAGUAAUCUGAGCUCAGACUUUGUUCUAUCUCAGGGAAGGUCAGUAGGAAAAUCCAUCCGUGACAGUGAGCUAGAUAUUGAGAGUUUGGCAUCUGAUUCAAUCUUAAAGUGCCAUCAGAUGGGAUAUGUAGCUCAGAGACCCUGUGAAAGUAAUGAAUGUGGAAAUGCUGUCAGUCAAGACAGUCACCUUAUUCAACAUGAAAGAACUCAAACUGGGGGCAAAAUGUCUGUGUAUGUGGAAAAUGGGAAACCAUUGAAUCAUAGUAUGGCUCUUACCAUGCACAACAAAAUUAAUACAGCAGAGAAACCCUUUGAAUGUCACCAGUGCGGGAAGGUGUUUAACCGGAGGCAUUCUUUGAGUGAACAUCAGAGAAUUCAUACGGGAGAGAAACCGUAUGAGUGUCAGGAAUGUGGGAGAGCCUUCACACAUAGCUCGACCCUUACACGCCAUCUGAGGACUCAUACUGGAGAGAAGCCCUACACCUGCGGCGAAUGCGGAAAAGCCUUCAACAGGAUUUCGUCUCUGACUCAACAUCAGAGGAUUCACACAGGGGAAAAGCCUUAUAAAUGUGAAGACUGUGGAAAAUCCUUCUGCCAGAGCUCUUACCUGAUUUUGCACAAGAGAACACACACUGGCGAGAAGCCCUAUGAAUGUAACGAAUGUGGGAAAGCCUUCAGUGAUCGUUCCUCUCUCAACCAGCACGAGCGAACUCACACUGGGGAGAACCCCUAUGAGUGUAACCAGUGUGGAAGAGCCUUCAGCCAGAGGUCUUCUCUCGUGAGGCAUGAGAGAACUCACACCGGAGAGAAACCUUAUAGCUGUAAUGAAUGUGGGAAAGCCUUCAGUCAGAGCUCUUCCCUUAUCACACAUCAGAAAACUCACACUAGCCAGAAAACCUAUAAGAUAAUAGACUGUGCAAAAGCAUUCUAUCAGAGCGGCCACCUUAUUGGAUUUUAGGAAUUGCAUGCUGCCUCAGAAAGCACCUCUUAGCACUCUGACAGGUAACUGUGAUUAGACUUUGUCCUGGGUGAUGUACUAUUUGACAGGAAGUAGGUUCAUGUCACAUUCUUGAAAGAAAGCUCUGUGAUAUACUCAAUAAGCUAUACUCUUUUAGAAAAGAUUGGCCAAUGAGAAUGCUAAUGUGGAAUGGGAUUUUGCUGAAAACCAUCACAUGUUAAUUUAGUUGCUGAAACUAAAGGUAUUCUGUUUGCACUUUCAACUUAUUAAUUCAACAUUAAGUAUUUUGUUUCAAUGUUUUACUUAGUCAUUCCACCCCUGUUGGUCACUUAGCUAUUUCUUUUUUUUUUUUUUUUUUUUUUU